UGCGCACUCGACGUCGACAGUGCUCCUUCUUCACUUCACAGUCGUCCGUGUCCUUUUCCGGUUCGCUCGUUGUAGUGGCUGUGUCUUAUUUAGUUUUAGCUGUAACAUAAUCUAUUCCCAUCUUCCAAAAUGAAGAUCUAUAAGGAUAUUUUCACUGGUGACGAGAUGUUCUCGGACACUUACAAAAUUAAAUUGAUUGACGACGUGUUGUACGAAGUUUAUGGCAAGUUGGUGACCCGUAAAGCUGGAGAAAUUCAGAUCGAGGGUUUCAAUCCCUCAGCGGAGGAAGCUGAUGAAGGUACAGAGGAAGGAGUUGAGUCUGGGGUCGAUGUUGUGCUGAAUCACAGAUUGGCAGAAACUUACGCCUUUGGAGACAAGAAAUCUUAUACUCUUUACCUUAAAGACUUUAUGAAGAAAUUGGUAGCUAAAUUGGAGGAAAAAUCACCAGAUCAGGUUGAUGUUUUCAAAACCAACAUGAACAAAGUAAUGAAGGAAAUCCUCGGAAGAUUUAAGGAACUUCAGUUCUUCACCGGUGAAUCCAUGGACAUCGAUGGACUCGUUGGUCUCAUGGAAUAUCGUGAAAUCGAUGGUGUCUCAACUCCAGUACUCAUGUUCUUCAAACACGGUCUUGAGGAAGAGAAAUUCUAAAUUAAACAAUAAUUCAUUAGAUAUUCAACAAAUUAUUGGAUAACGAAAUAAAAAUUUUAUAAAUCCGGAAUCAAGACUGUACCUUUGCUUCCCGCGUGCUGGGAAUAAUCAGUGUCCAACGAAUUCACGCAAUUUAAUUUAUAGCCAAUGAUUAUUUUUGAUUUUGUACUUUUUUUUUAACCAAUUUGUGAAUGUACAUAAAAAUUCAAUCAACCCAUUGUCAAUGAUAAUGAAUGUAACAGAACGAAUUGUCUAAUACCGGAGAUAUUUUCGAUUAUUUAUUAAUUCAGAAUAGAUCGAAGGAGCAGAUGGAGAUAGAUGUGAGCAAGAUCCAGAUGUUGAAGAUUUGAAAUGAUGGAAUGAAAUAAAAUUGUUUUCGUGAGCCCAAUUAAUCCAUUUCAAUCAAUAAAAAUGUUUUCAUAAGUGAA